AACUCUCUCUCUCUCAACUCAACCAACAUACACAUAAAAACAUGGGGAGAGCUCCUUGCUGUGACAAAGCUAACGUGAAGAAAGGCCCAUGGUCGCCGGAGGAAGAUGCGAAGCUUAAGGCUCAUAUAGAGGCAAACGGUACCGGUGGCAACUGGAUUGCCUUGCCUAAGAAGAUAGGGCUCAAGAGAUGUGGCAAGAGCUGUCGUCUUAGAUGGUUGAAUUAUCUUCGACCCAACAUCAAGCAUGGAGGGUUCUCAGAAGAAGAGGAUAACAUAAUCUGCAGUCUUUACAUAAGCAUUGGAAGCAGAUGGUCUAUAAUUGCAGCACAACUGCCUGGGAGAACUGACAAUGAUAUUAAGAACUAUUGGAACACGAGGCUUAAAAAGAAGCUCGUUGGUAAACAGCGAAAAGAGCAACAAGCUCGGAGAGCUAGCUGCCUCACCCUUAAGGAAGAGAUGAAGAGAGAAAGUGAGAAUUAUGUGAUUCCUGGAAUGGUGAGCCAACCCCCAUACUGGCCACAGCUACCAGCAGUCAUGCCCUUAACAAGCACAAGCCAAGAUUCUCACCUCAAGGAACAAGAAUCCCUCAGGAAUUUGCUUAUAAAACUAGGAGGAAGAUUCUCUGACGAUCAUCCACAAUCAAGCGCCAACACCACCAGCAACAAUCCCAUGAAUUUUGGAUACCCUCUUGGUGUUUCCUUUGUUCAAGAUCAGUUAUAUGAGAAUUCCAUGAACAUGCUUUCAUUUUUAUCUGCAUCUUCCAUUAGUCCCAUAAACAGUACUUGUUCUCAAGUGACAAACAGUACCCACUUUAAUGUUAACGAGGCUGCUGGUCCUAAUGAUAUGUUUCAAGGGAUUGAUGGUUUCCCAGCUGAGCUAAGUGAGCUAAUCUACAGUAACAAUAAACAGAUAUUGGAUGGAUUAGAGGGUUUUUAUGGAACGGACAACAUGGUCGAUGGCAGCAGUACUGGGACUAGUUCCGUUGAAAGUAGCAGCUGGGGAGAUAUAAAUUCACUAUGCUAUCCUCAAAUUGUCUCUGCAUUUGAAGCUUGCCAACAAAGCAUGCCACAAGUUUCUACCUUUGAUGAAUCAACCUAUUUCGGGCCACAUUAA